AUGAGUGAUCCAAAUGUGGCAGUGAGAACUCUGCUGGGAAUUCGAAGUUUUAUUGUUCUCACUAGGGGUGCUACGAAGUUAAGAGCAUGUCUCAGUGUGAACAGGAUACGUGUCUCUUGGAGUCGACGAAUGUGUUCAAAAUUUGUCUCUAUUUCGAAUGUGAUUAAAUUGCUUAUGAGAAGCAAGCAGUGCAAUCCAGAAGUGUUGCGACUUGGAAAUGAUGUACAAAAGCUCAGACGUGAACUAGCGCUCAUAUCGCCUACAUCUGAAUUUUCUUCUUAUUUCAAGACCGAACGCAUUCUUAAAAGAACCAUAGAAGAAUAUGAAUCGGCAGUGGCAAAGGAAAAGAUGAUGCAACCGUCUCAUGUGAAGAUCGAGGUGGGACUCAAAGUAGUGGCACAGGCUAUCGGACUUUUGCUGCUUCACAUGGUAUCUGGCAUUCAUGCGUUCUGUAUAUCUCCUUCAAUUUUCUGGCCGUUUAACUUUCUGCUUCGUUUCCCAUCAGUUUGGAAUGUUGAAGGGUGCACUGCUUCAACGUCUGACCAUACCCCUGUAUCCAUGUUUGUCGUUGCUUACUGCGACCUAAUCAUAUUCUUCUUAUGCGUGUACCUUUUUACAUUGUUCCUCUCGAUUAGCGCUUCAACUUAUAAUUACUAUAGUCAACAAAAGAAGUUGGUGUUUUCGUCUAUCAAUAUGCAUGUUUCGCACAGAACUGUUGGUAUCGUUUUUCUGAUCUGCUCUCGUGCUCAGUUCUGGUUCCAGCUUCCUAUAUUCGGUUUGAUGCAACAAAAGAAACGCCUUCCCGAAUCCGGCAUAUACACUGAAGACGGCUACUUAUUUCAUCACAGCAGCGCGCAAUCACUAAACCGUGAAGAAAUUGAACGGCUUCGUGAACACGACAUUCUUUAUGAACAUAGAUCUCGCUUCACACCUGCGGAGGACGAACAAAUACGAAAGAACUGGAAAAGGUUUGCAUCGAAGCACAAUCUGAGCUAUGAAUUGGCACCACAUUAUGCUGGUGUUCCGGGACACAAGAUUUUCACCGACAACGAAGAACGAAUGAUCUUCAACAGAAAUACGGCAUUGUGGCCCAACUUAUGUCGCAAUUUGCCUCAUCGCAGUGCCUGUCAGGUCCGACGACGGAUUGGAGUGAUUUUUGACACGGCCAUUCUCGAUGGCCAGGCUGAUAUCCCGUACUCGAAGAAUGUUGCUUGGACGAGGAAGGAAACCAGAAAACUCCUACGUUAUUAUAGAUCAUUCGGCAUGUCAGCCUAUGCAAUGGUGCAGAUUGGAAAGCUACUGAAAAGACCAGCGCAUUCUUGUCAGAAUCACUUGAGAAGUGUGCUAACGCGAGUGGGGCCUGUACCUGAUCAUUUACGAAAGAAAUUAUGGAUCCUGGUUAUGAAGUACUGCAAAGAAAAGGACAAGUCAUUCGAACGAACUGUGCGAAAAGCCAUCUAUCAGAACAACUAUGAGGUUAUUAAAGAGCAUCAAGCUGACACGCCAUGGACUAUUAUCGCCCAGAGAAUGGUCUUCUCUGUUGAGGUGGUGAAGGAUUCCUGGUUAUGCUUGUUGAAAGAUCUUCAAGAACAGUUUAACCAGCAACAGGAACGUGAACCAAGCACCGCUCGUAAGGAAGCCUGGUGUGGUGCUUUAAAAGCUGUACUUGACGCAGUAUCACCAAUUUCUUGCGAAGAUUAUUCUGUAUUCUUAAACAUUUUGAGCGAAGAAACACCUGAAGAUAUAACAUACGAUGUUCUAAAUCGCAAACUGUACGACUGUGGUGCGAUAAGCGCAAAGCUAGAAGAGAUAGGAAUUGUCGGGUUUUACUGCGGAGGCGUCACUGAACUCAACUACCUUUUCCGCAAAACACGUAAGAUACUGUGGCGGCUGCAUCGUCUUGCCUUUCGCCGUUUAAAAUUGCCUUAUACACUCAAAGAGCGCAUCCAUAUAUUGUCAUUGGCAUACGACUACCAAUGCGAAAUUCUACCUGAUGACGUGGGCGAUGAAGCCAAGUCAAGUUCAAGUCACGCUGAAGAGAAAAGGAUGGCGACUCCUCAGCGCCGUCGCUUUAAGGAUUUGAACUUGAAGCAUCGAGGAUUUCCUGUACUCCAUCGUGAACCAUUUGUAGAAGCACUGGUAGUCUACUCGUUGAAUCAUUUUGAUGACUGGAUACCGCCGACUGCUUUUAAAAAAUAUGUAGUGUCCGAAGAAGUCCUGGCUAUGUUUCCGGAAAAACGCGACAACUCAGAGCUGAUAAAACAAAGUGAUGUUGAAGCAGCAGUGUCGUAUCUCGAUUUGGAUCCUUGUUCCAACGAGAGCUCACCUGAAUGUGAGCAAAUCAUGCCGUGCGAUGAAAACGGAUCGAUGAAAACCAGGUCACCUAAGCGAAUUGUUGAGUUCGAGGGAAGGAAACUGCGGAAUGUCGAGUUAACAAUGACAAAUUUUUUGGAUCAAGACAAAAGUGAACAAACAGCGAAGACAAGAUAUUCGUGA